ACGUGUCUGUUUCCUUCCUGUUGUUGCAAGUCUUGCAGUCAGUCACAGAUGCCUGGGCUCAGAGGCCACGAGUGGGGCUGAGGUUUCAGUCCUGCCUGGGGACUUCAUGCUAGCAUGGCCCUGCAGUUGCUGGCUCUGAGGUUUCUCCUGGUCCUUUUAUCUCUGCUGCCAGCACAGGGCCAGGAAGAACCUGAUCCCAAGGUCCAAGGAGAGCCCUGGAAAAAAGAAAUGUGCCAAAGACCCCGGUGGGACUCAAGACUCCGGCUGGCACCAGACCAGGAGAAUUACAAGAAGAAUGAAGAAGUGAAGUUGAGUUGCAUUGAUGGUUUCCAGGCGUCCUUCACCCAUGUCAAAUGUUCAAGUGAAGUCCAGUCCAUCAGUCAUGGAAAACCUGUGUACCGAGAAGUUUGGCUUGGAAAGGACAGCAGAGGUGGCUGGAUUCGCAUUCGGUCCAGCGUGGAGUGCAUUGAUGUCCUCCAGGUUGUCCCUGGGACCUUGGAGGUUUCCAGCACCAGCAUCAAACUGAACUGGACCUGCAGGCUCCCUGAUGCCUGCCAGCAGGUUCGGGCCAGGUGCCGGCUGGAAAAGAAUUCCUCCCUUCCCUGUGAGGCUGAGGAGGUGAAGGGAGAGGAGAUGCUCCAUGGCCAGGAGGGGACAUUUACCUGCCCCCCUCUGCAGCCCUUCACUGACUACAGUAUCACUAUGUACCUGCCCCCCAGCACGAUCCUAUUCACAUGGGUUGCCAGGACAGAGGAAACAGUGCCGGACAAACCGGAGAAGCUGUGGCUGGAUCCCAGCACAGGGUCCCUCAGGUGGAAGGCGCUGCCCUCCUGCAAGGGGGAGAUCGUCGGAUACCAGCUGAACGUGACGGCCAGGAGCGCGCAGGACGGCAGCUUUCUGGAGAUGGAGCGACUGCGGCUGAGCAGCUCCGUCACUGAGCACCCGCUGCCUGAGCACAGCCCCAGCAGCAGCUACGUGGUGACGAUGCGGGGACUCACGGCAGCCGGAGCCGGGGCUGCGUCGCUGUGGGAGUUCCAGACCGACGGCUCGGACACCCCGCGCCCUCUCGACACCAGCUGCCGCAGCGUGCGUGACGUCUCCCCGUCCCAAGGGACAGCUGUGCUUCCCCUCCGCCCCGUCGCCCGUGCCCCCGCGGCGGCCAGGGAGCACCAGCUCAUCGUGGUCGCGACGCACAACGGCACGGCGGUGGAAGGCGCCUGCUCGGGGGACCCGCGGCCCUUCAACGCCAGCCGGCAGCCCGGCACCUACGUGGCCGCCGUGCUCAACCUCACCACCCCCGUGGACUUUGUGCUGGGCGACGGCACCCACGGGCAGGGGUACCGCAACGCUGCCCUCCGCCCGGGCUGGGACUACACGGCCCUUCUGCGCCUCGUCCGCCGCUCGCAGCAGGCAGACAAGUUCACCUGCGUCUGCUACAGCUUCUCUCUUGUUGCAGGGCAGCCUCCGGGCGCAUGGCACGGGACUGUGAUUUGGGUGGUUGUGCUGUUGGCACUCUUUCUCGUAUCUGCAGGGAUCCUAUGGUUCGUGCUUUGCAGGAAAAGGAAGUCUUUGCCCAGCAAAGCUAAGGAGGAUAAUUAAAAAGGUAAAGGUGGCCAGGCUGGAGAUCGGUCACGCCAGCCCCUUCCCAGGACCACAGGAGACAUUCAGAGCAGUGGGGGAGCAGAGAAGUUUGGGAGGAUGACCCCAGCUCAGUGCUGAUGGCUGCCAGGCCCUCUGGCUCACCUGUGACUGUGACCAGCACUGGCGGUCCCAUCCAGUUCAGCAGAGCAAGAGGAAAACAGGAGGCCAAGAAGGGUUGUGAGUUCUUUCUUUGCUCACUCCCUUCACCUCCCAGCUUUCACUUACUGCUGUUUUAAGGCCUUUGAAUGCAACUUUCUGUAGUUCUUUUUUUAGGCUUUGCUUUCAUUUUUGCUUUCCUGGAAGCAGGAAUUGUAUGCCAGAUUUCACAGUCCCUGACUUACAUGGGCUCAGGCUGAGGGAUGGUCCAUGCUCCUGCCAUGUCCUGUGCUCCCAACCCCUCUCCCCGCUCUGUCUGCUGACAUUCAGCCAAAUCCAGGGCUCUGCUGGAGCUUGGCCUGACUGGGAUGCCUUCAUGACUGCCUGCUCUGUCUGGACAAUCAAUAAAGCCUUGUGGUUUGGAGGGGGCUGCA